UCAUCCUUCUCAGAAUUUCCGCCCACAUUUUACAGGAAUACUUCAUUCAGUCAUCCAUUCCAGCCUGAAGAGGAGUCAAGUGCAAUCGGAUCAACUCGUGAACUAGCUGACCACAACCAAAUACAAUGAGGACUGGAGUAGGUAUGUGGGGGUUAGGUCUGCUGGCUCUGCUAAGUCUUGUUCUUGGCCAGGACACAGUGGACCUCCAAUCCGGCGUUCACAUCUUUUGCGACGACCCUUCUGUUGAGAAGGCCGUGAGCAGCGCUCUGCAAGAGUUCAAUGAAAGGUUGAACACUGGAUACAAGUUGGCCCUCUAUCAGAUACUAACGGCCAGCAAGUCGGAGAAUGGUUCAGACAACGUCUACGCGCUGCAGUUCACUAGCAGGAGGAGUGACUGCGUGGCAGGAAGUCCCAAACCUUGGACAGACUGCAACUAUUUGCCACAUGAACGCAACAAUCUCCUCUCAUGCAACGCUACAGUCCACAUGACAGAGGCCGACACAGAUACUGAGCGUGUGCACUGCCGGUUAGAUGACUACAUCCUCCCAGAGAGAGCUCCCUGUCUGGGAUGCGCGAUGCCAAUCGAUGAGAACGCAGAGGACCUGAAGGUUCCUCUAUCCGUCUCCAUCGUUAAGUACAACGCCAUCUCCAACUCUACACACCUGUUCAAUCUCAACAACGUGGAAAGCGCCACCAGACAGGUGGUGGCGGGUUUCAGAUUCAAACUGAGAUUCGAUAUGAGGAAGACCACCUGUGCCAAGGCGGAACACAGCGAGCUCAGUGACCUCUGUGUGCAUGACGAGGAGGAAAUUGAGUUCAUCAACUGUAAUUCCACAGUGGACGUAGCACCGUGGAGAUUCGAAGCCCCACAAGUCCACAUAAAAUGUGAGAAAGGUGGCCUGUUCAUUCAGGCUGGGUCGUUCAGCAGGCGCCUUCCCGCUGGCUGGACUCCGUUUAGGGAUGCCACGGUGGUCACACCUCCCCCCCCGGUGGCAUCGGGCAAGGAGGAAUCGUCUGAAGAGGACGCGACAGCUUCUCCCACUGCCGGAGCCGCCGAAGCUGAAAACGACAACCCCUUCCACUGUCCAUCCAAGCCCUGGAAAAAGUUCCACCCGGUCCAGCCUGUAGCUCCCACCAUGGCGGCCCCACCACCACCUCCCACAAACAGGCCUCUCCUCGAUGAAGACUUGUUGGCAUGAAAGCUUCUUCGGGCCUAUCAUAGGAAAUAAUCCCUUCCAUCACAUUCUACAGAAUAUUGUAAUAUUUGAUGAGUGUAAUGCAAAACUAUCAAUUACAAUAUGUCUUGUAAUGUCGCCAAUUGACUGGAAAUUAUACAAAAUCAAGAGAGGGGUUGACUUCUAUUAGGAGUGAAACUAAUAUUUGAACUAAUUCAAACGAGAAAUGUAUUUUUUUGCUCUGUAGAAUAUAUGGAAUGCUGUAUUUCUCAGUAGAAGUUAUUGUUUGACUGCAUAGUCCACCCCAACAGGUACAUUAUUAUUUUUGUGUGUGUGUUUCUCAUGGAAUUAAAAAUGUAUCUCAGCC